GAGCAUUUACAAAAAAAAAAAAAAAACAGAGCAAACAAAAAUUCAAAACUCUGAGAAAUCAAAAACCAAAAAAGUUAUGAGAUCGUGCAACCAUGUAAUAGGUUUCGUAAACUUUCUCACUUUCCUCCUAUCGAUCCCAAUCCUCGGCGGAGGGAUAUGGUUAAGCAGCAGAGCUAACUCAACCGACUGUUUACGCUUCCUCCAAUGGCCACUCAUCGUCAUCGGAAUCUCAAUCAUGGUCGUUUCCCUCGCCGGAUUCGCCGGAGCUUGUUACCGGAACAAGUUCCUCAUGUGGCUUUACCUCGUCGUCAUGCUCCUCAUCAUCGCCGCACUAAUCGGAUUCAUCAUCUUCGCUUACGCCGUCACCGAUAAAGGAUCCGGUCGAACCGUGGUUAACCGGGGUUAUCUGGAUUAUUAUCUUCAAGAUUAUUCCGGUUGGUUGAAGGACCGGGUUUCUGAUGAUGGGUAUUGGGGAAAAAUCAGUUCUUGUAUAAGGGAUUCUGGUGCUUGUAGGAAGAUCGGAAGGAGUUUUAAUGGCGUCCCUGAAAAUAGUGAUAUGUUCUUCAUGAGAAGGCUUAGCCCUGUAGAGUCCGGCUGUUGCAAGCCGCCAACAGACUGUGGGUUUUCAUAUGGUAACGAGACGUUUUGGAUGCAAGGAGGAGGCAUGAUAGGACCAAAUAACCCGGACUGUAUGUUGUGGAACAAUGACCAGAGCAUGCUAUGUUACCAGUGCAGCUCUUGUAAAGCCGGUGUUCUUGGGAGCCUAAAGAAGAGCUGGAGAAAAGUAUCUGUGAUCAACAUCGUUGUGCUUAUCAUUCUUGUUAUCUUCUACGUGAUCGCUUAUGCGGCUUAUCGGAAUGUCAAGAGGAUUGAUAACGAUGAACCGGCCGGUGAAGCUAGGAUGACAAAAUCACACCCUAGUCAUUUCCACCUUUGAUCAAAGAGUUUGGUAAUUGGUACAGUUCAUCAUCAUUACAUGUUAAUUAUAAAUCUUGUUGAAAAACAAAAAGAUGAAUGCUUUGAACUAUGUUUUUACUUGCUUAUGACAAGAAAGUUUGGAUUUUGUUAUUACUUUUGUGUUUGUUUUGGUAUGUAACACAAUUUUUUUUUCUGUGUAUAUUUCUUAUGUUGGAAAUCAGACCCCUAAGUUCUUUUUUUU